UUGAUGUCAAGCAGAGUUUGAAGGGAAGUUGGUGUGUGUUUGUUUGUCGGGGGGAAAAAAAACAAAGCGACGGAGAGACGGAGCCCGAGCGAUCGCGGUUGGCGGCUGCUGGUGACCAGAAUACCGGGCGGCAAGGGCUGCGGGGAAGGAGCGGCGAGGGCUCCGGAGAAGGAGCGACUGAGAGGAGGCGGACGGAGCGGGAUCACGACAGGGAGGAGGACUCCCGGAGCCGCCGGCAGCGAGAGGCCGAGGCGCGAAGGCGGAGCGACCGGUACGCCGUCACCCAGAACCGGCGAGAGCGGCUGUGCCAGUGCCGAGAUUCUCCGCCCGAUAGCGGAUCCGAGGAAGAGGCCGCUUCGGCUUCGAGUCGGACCGAGGCCCCGAGGGAUGGGAGCCGGAGUUCUGGGCUCGGGAUGAGCCCCGCGGCGGGGAGGCGGCGCGGUCGCUGAGCCCAGAAGGUAAAGAUAUAACUGCUCUCACAGUGUCGCGCAGAAGAAUGAAAGAUGACUUGAAAUAUUCUGUCUUGCCACAAAAAUGGAAAUUCGAUGUGGCGGCUUACUUUUUAGUUCCAAGUUUGACUCUGGAAACAUUGCUCAAGUUGAAAAAGUGGAGCGACCUGAAGGAGAAGUGGACUCAACUCCCAGCGGUGGCAGUACAGGCACAGGAAAUUUAGGAAAUGUGUUAAUUACUCCAGAUUGUGAAUUUAAUGUAUGGACCAAACCAGACUGUGCCGAUACGGAGUUCGAGAAUGGUAAUAGGUCCUGGUUUUAUUUUAGUGUGAAGGGGGGAAUUCCAAGUAAAGUUAUUAAAAUCAAUAUCAUGAAUAUGAAUAAGCAAAGCAAACUGUACUCACAAGGAAUGGCCCCAUUAGUUAAGACUCUUCCUGGAAGACCACGCUGGGAGCGGGUGCGAGAAAGACCAACAUAUGAGAUGGUGGAAAACCAGUUUAUUCUCUCCUUCAUGCAUCGUUUCCUUGAAUAUCGUGGAGCAACAACCUACUUUGCAUUUUGCUUUCCAUUCACAUAUUCUGAAUGUCAAGAGAUGUUGAUGCAACUGGAUGAAAAGUUUGAAUAUUGUAAACACCUGACUAUGAAGAGGAAAUUUCACUUCAGUCCUCCAGAUAGUAUUUACUAUCACCGUGAGCCUCUGUGUUAUUCCUUGGACAAACGACGUGUUGAUCUUAUCACCAUUACUUCAUGUGAUGGAAUGGCAGCAGAAUGUGAACCAAGACUUGACAAGCUUUUUCCAGAUGAUUCCAUUCCUCGCCCAAAGCAGUUUCCUGGGAAACAAGUGUUUUUCCUCAGCAGUCGAGUACAUCCUGGUGAAACUCCCUCUAGUUUUGUUUUCAAUGGUUUCCUAGAGUUUAUUUUACGGGCUGAUGAUCAUCGUGCUCGUAUGUUGAGACGAAUAUUUGUCUUUAAACUUAUACCCAUGUUGAAUCCAGAUGGUGUAGUGAGGGGACAUUAUCGUACUGACUCUAGAGGUGUGAAUCUGAAUCGUUCAUACUUGAAUCCAGAUUUUAAUUUGCACCCUUCAAUCUAUGCGGCCCGUGCAGUCAUCCUGUAUCAUCACGUUAACAAUCGUGUGUCUUUGGGUAAUUGUGACUGGAAAAAGUUCUCUUCAUUGUCAUCCAGUGGUCCUCUAUGCACAAAAGACUUGAACCAUUCCAUCAAUACGACUUCUACCUCUCUUGAGACCACUCUGUCAGAGAUGGAAAAAAGCAAAAAUAUAAAAAACUUUGAAAAUGGGGAAGUAGAUUGUAUAAUUUCCUGUAAAGAUAUUGACCAUUCAGAUUCAUUAAUUCAAGGCAAAGAUAACAAUGGGCAGCCACUUUCAGAAACACACAAUGGAAAAACAGUUUCAUCGAGUGGUAAUGGCGCACUUUGCGAGAAGGCAACUGAUAGUUUUGACCCUUCAGAAACUGUUGAGCACAUUCCUCCACAUGAAAGUGGAAUUGCAUACUAUGUGGACUUGCAUGGCCAUGCCUCAAAGCGGGGUUGUUUUAUGUAUGGAAAUUCACUUCCUGGUGAAAAUAACCAGAUAGAGAAUAUGUUGUUUCCAAAACUGAUCUCAAUGAACUCAGCACACUUUGAUUUCACGGCUUGCAAUUUCUCUGAGAGAAACAUGUAUGCCAAAGACAAAAGGGAUGGACAGUCUAAAGAGGGAAGUGGGAGAGUGGCAAUUUAUAAGGCGACUGGAAUUAUUCACAGCUAUACCUUGGAAUGUAAUUAUAAUACAGGCCGCUGCGUGAACUCCGUUCCUCCUGCUUGCCAUGACAAUGGACGAGCAAGUCCACCACCACUACCUGCUUUUCCACCUAAAUAUACGACAGAAAUCUUUGAACAAGUGGGGAGAGCUUUAGCCGUUGCAGCCUUAGAUAUGGCUGAUUGUAAUCCUUGGCCGAGAGUUGUUUUGUCAGAAUACAGUUGUCUGACUAAACUUCGUGCAUGGAUGUUGAAGCAUAUUCGAAAUACAAGAAGCACAGCAAUGUCAAAAAAAAAUGUCACAAGGAUUUCUAAAGGUCCCAAUGGGAUAACAUCCUCCAUCUCAGAAAAUUCUCUCAGUAAGAUGAAGAGUAAUGGGACUGGCGCCUCUGGAAUCAGCAAUGGGCAUCAAAAUCCAUCUCUGAUUAAAGCAUCUUCCAGUUUUACAUUUGGGUACACCCCUGGAACAAGCAAAGGAGCCUGUGCACCAGGAUCCAAUCAUAACCCUUCAAAAGGUGCUCACAAAACCCUUGCACCAGUGAGAGAAACUAAAGCACAGGAGAAGCGUCGACAGCAUCAGGCUGUAUUGCGAGCAGCAGCAGUCAACAGUCCCAGCAUUCAGCAUAGCUCUCCAGCCCAUCGGUACAUGCAGUGUCCUACAUCUGUCUCCCUCAACUUCUCUAAAGACCCAUCCCAAGUCCAGCCUUCCCACUUAAGGCCUUGCUCUCUUCCAACCUCCUUCAAAGUUGCAGAAUUCCAACAAACAAACCUAAGCGAAAGAGGGUUCAAAGGUCUGUCUGGUGCAAUUAAAAAUGGCAUUUCUCAUGAAAUAUUAGAACAUGCUCAGCCACUGGAAAAUAAUUCAGAUGUUGGAAGGAAGAUUCAUUUGCAGAAUCCAUUGAAGAAAAACAAAUUAAAAUUAAGGACAUCUUUAGAUAUUACCAGUUCUGAACAACAGCUGAGACCCAGUAGAAUCCCCGUGAGAAAAAGUGAUGUGCUUACAUCCCAGGGAAAUCUGCGACUAACCUCCGACAAAGUCAGUCAGAACCCUGUGCUGAAAAGCGUGCAGCCGAAUGUUCAAGAAGAACCAAGUGGAUGUAGCAUAUUGAAUUGUUCCGCUAUGACUUUGUCUCCAUCAGCGCUGAAAUGUAGUUCUGAAGAUUCUGUGUCCACUAUUAAUGGUGAAGUAGAAACGCAGCUGGAUAUUUCUGAGAAGCUUUCAUUGGCAACUGGAACAGAGCAGAUGCCUGCAUAUAGACAGAUAUUUUCAUUUUGUACUGAGGGCUGAUACUGCAAUUCUACUAUUUCUAUGGAAGCAGAAUAAACUGAUGGAAAGGAUUUGAAAGAGGUUCCACUAAGAUGGAACUAAAGAUAAGAAAUGGAGUAUUUUCUUUAGGACAAAGAGUUUUAAAAGAAGAUCUGAUGAAAGUGUACAAAAAUAUUCCAAGUGGAAAUCUAAGUCCAUAAAGACCUGCAGAAAACGAAGAUGGAAGGCGAAUCUACAACAGCUUUUAAAAGAAAUUAGAUAAAUAUGUGAAAAAUAAAACAUUUAAAAAUAUAAAGAGAGGGUAAAGCAAUUAAACUGAAUGCAUAACUUAGGGAGAAGUGACAUUGGAUUGAUGGGCUGAAUGGACACCUUAACUGACAUUUUAGCCUCUAGAAGGUUGAAUCCGUGCUUGGAAGCUUGAAUAUUCUGCUGUAUCAUUCUGGGCACAAAUGGUGCAUAUAGUUUAACUAGCAAAGGAGUGCUGAUGAUUAGACUGGAGUUGCUGCAAGUUGACUUCUCACAACUAUUAAUAUCAUUGUUGGAAAUGUCAUUGACAAAUUUUUCAAAAUAGUUCUCUUAAAAAAAAUUACAUUUUUAAACAAAUGUUUACUAUAGCACAUUGCGGUUUUCAAGACUUUUAAGAUUAUUCCUUAUUUGAUCCAUUUUAACAGGCAAAUUAAUAACAAUGUCAGAAAUGUCAAAGUUCCUAACAGUGCCUCAAAAUACACAUUUAGAAAUUGUAUGAAACUGUAACACACUCACAGCAGUGUUGCACUGGUGCACACAGCAUAAGCACGUUUUAAACUUUGGGACGUUUUUGAGACCAUUUCAGUGUAGCUAUCUGUCUAAGCUUUAUCAUGAGUAGAUUUUGUUGGGAUUGUUGGCCUAUAACAGUGUAUUUAUUCCCACACUAAACACCAUAUUUCAGUAAACCACCUUUUUUCAUUAAACUAUCUGUUCUGAAGUCUGCAGCUCCAUUCUGUGUGCUCCAUUGCUUGGAAAUCAAUUGGUACAACCCUGGAUUAGCGUUACAGAUUUGUAUCCAUACAUUACAAUAUUGUAAAUUGAAGUUUUAUGGACCCCAUAAUCAGAAUAACUUUUGGCACACAGGAUAACUCCAUGAUAAUUUGUUCAGUUAAGAAAUACUAUUAAAUGCACAUUUCACCAUUUUAAUUGUUUAUGACUACCCAAAAGUGAUUUCUACCUGACUAAAAGAUAUUAAACUGUAUCCACACAGCUUUAUUGGGUUGAGUUAGUGUCAUUACCAGAGCAAGAGUUUAUCAACACUACAUUUGUAUUAUGUUGAGUUAUACUGUAGCCCUUCCAACAAGUGCAGUAUGCCUCACACUCUCUCACUUUUGCAGUUCACCAAUUCAGUACCAGUAUUUGAAGCUCUGCCUACAAAGCAGUGACUCCAGCCUAAAGCUUCUGUACCAGCACUGUUUUGACAUUACAAAGCAUUCUUUACAAAUGUUCCUAUUAAGCAGUUUCUGCUACAUAUCAGUUUAAUGACAUGUUACACAAGUGCCUACUGGAAAUGUCUGAAACCAUAAAUGUUCCAGCACUAAAACAACCUAUUUGACCUACCAGUGCUACUGAUAGAAACUGACUAAUUAAACAUUUUUACUAUUUUGUAGGAAUUAAAUCACCUGUGUGAUAUUUGUUUUCUAGAGAAACUGGAUCUUUGAUUCCGAUACACCACCUAUAUAAG